AGGAUGUCUCCAGCUCCUCAUGCCUUGCCGUGCCUGUGGGGUAUUUGUAGAGUCCCCGCUCUGUUGCCGCCUCAGUAGGUGAAGGAGCCAGCGGGGGCUUCGAAGAACUGCAAGUCCCAGAGAUCUCCGUAUCAGUCAACCUGGAGCGACGGCCUGGAGAGCAUGGCAGCGCCGACCAGCACCACGCGCGGGGCAAUGGAGCGGUCUAUCCGGGAGCGGGUUCCUCCGCUGCUCACGGACCUGUACCAGUUCACCAUGGCGUACGCGUACUGGCGGGCCGGCAGGCACCAAGAGCCCGCCGUGUUCGAGCUCUUCUUCAGGGACAACCCUUUCGGCGGCGGCUUCUCGCUGUUCGCCGGGCUUCACGACUGUCUGCUGUUCCUGCGCAGCUUUCGCUUCACUGACGAAGGUAAGACAGACACCCCAGACCAAACAGCAUCAUCUAUAAACUCUUUACAAAGCAGAAAAACUGAGAAUUAAAUGAAACACUGCUAUUUUUGAUCAAGUCUGAAUGACUUUGCGUCCCUCCCCCAAACGCCUUUUACGCAUACCAGAGCUGUUGCGCAAUACUUGACCGUGUGAGGGUCUCAAUGAGGAAACGUGAAUGCCGGUGAAGCACUUUAGUGAACCUUGACGUUCAGCUUUCAACUUUGGCACACAAGAAUGAUCUGUAAUCUCCUCUGUGGCGCAAGUAGAGUAGACUUUGUGAAGAAAUGUGGCACACAGUACUGACUCAAAGUCUUUAUGUGUCUUUCCUAACCUUCGAGUAAAUGCAGAUACUGAUACAAGAUGUAAACAGCUGGGUUUUCACAAGUAUUUUCAAUCACUCUAGACUGAGAGCUGUAAACUGGCUGUCUCACCUAGUGUUUGUUGGACAAAUACAGUGGAAUUAAAGGAAAAUAUUUCACUUUUAAAUUGAACAUAGUGGGAAAACAAAGCUGCAAAGCACUGGAGGUGUUUUCUUAAAUCCAUGAAUGUUCAAAUAUUCUACCAAUUCAAUAUUUUUUAACAUUUAAACACAUGAAGUUGAUCCAUCACAUGCAGAUGUAGUUAGGGCUUGUCAAAGCAGUGAUUCAUGUGAGCUCCUAUAACUGGUAUGUCAGAUCUGAGGAGUGACUGCAGCUGAAUAUCUUGACCUUGUUUGCUUUUUUAGACGGCAGAGAAAUAAAGCAGAAGUUUGAGAUCUCUCUUAGGGGCUGUCUUUCCUCAGAAUUAAUACUUUGAUGCUUAAAAUACUUUAGAUUUAAAAGUUUCAUGAAUGACAUAAACAAAGUAAAAACAGCUGAGGGUAUUUUUAAGUGUUUAGUGAGGAAGCUUUCAUGGCCUCACUCAAACUCCAGCUCAGCCACAUGAUUAAAGUCUGCUAGAUUAGAUUAUCUGAACUGAGUUAUUAGAUUUAACUCUCUCACUCCUGGUAAAUGUGUGUGUUUGUGUGUUAGUUCUGUGUUGUCAGAGGACAUGUGAGGGGAGGGGGCACAUGGCCAACAUGUGCUGCUUGUGUAAGAGCACAAGCAGCGCUCACAGUAGAAUGAGGGAUGCCCUCCUUUGUUGGUCCCUCUGACAUUGUUACAGCUGUUGUGUGUUUAUGUUGUGUUUCUGUGCAUCCAGAUGUUGAGUUCCUGCGCUCCGUGCUCCCCCCGGCCACCGACCCCGCCUUCUUUAAGUUCCUGCGGGAGCUGGACUGCUCGGGUGUCACACUCCGCUCUGUUCCAGAGGGCACGGUGGUGUUCGCCAGGGUGAGUGGUGGGACUUCAGGGUGAAGGUCAAAUGUGACAUACAGACACGAGGUCUGCAUCAGGCCUGUUUUGACAACAGUCACAAGCUUCCAUAUUCUCCACUUAAACCUUUUCUUAAACUGGAAGAUGUUUCUGAAAACCUUUUCUCCUGCUGUCAAAGAAUUCCACAUUUUAGAAACACACGUUAGUUUGACAUUUGUUCAAACAUUUGCUGUUUAUAAUUUAAUUUUCUUCUGUGAUUUUGUUUCUAAUCUAAUCACUCAUUAAAGUUUUAUUUGUAGUUUCUUCUGUUUUAAGUUGAAGAAUUAUGGGUAAUGAGUGGUGGCGCUGUUUUACAACAUUUUGAUCUGUUUUAUUUGAACUUUUUAAUUUAAACUAAUUAAAAUUUUGUUUCCUACCUUUGCAUAUGAAAAUGACCUGACUGUAUUGAUGGUAUUUUGAUGUUUUUUAAAUUACAUCAUCCAUUUUUGUUGAAUACUUUAUUAUUUUCUUAAUGCUUUUAUUCUUUAUCUGUCUGUUCCUUUGUGUAACUUUGUGAAUGUAUGAAAGGUGCUGCUGUGUAGAUAAAGUUGUGUUGUAUGCUGGCUAAGCUACCCCCCCAUCGCCGGGCUUUAAAACACCCUCCAUGUAUUAUUCAGUCCACGGUCCGCAUGCAGGGGGGUCAGAGGGAUUAACUUGUGCUGUUGGUCUGUAGGUGCCUCUGAUGGAGGUGACAGGACCGCUGGCUGUGGUUCAGCUGCUGGAGACCAGUUUACUGUGUCUGGUCAACUACGCCAGGUAACGACAAACACACACACCUGAGCGACACAGAGGAAAAGUCAGCUUUGAACUCUUCCUGUGGAUGUACAUGAGGUGGAUGUAGUUCACCGUCUGUUUCUGUCCCGUCUCCUCUCGCUUCAGUCUCGUGUGCAGUAACGCGGCCCGUUUCCGCCUGGCAGCCGGCCCCAAGAGGAAGCUGCUUGAGAUGGGCCUCAGGAGGGCUCAGGGACCAGAUGGAGGCCUCACCGCCUCACGGUACACAUAUAUUGGAGGUGAGAGUGCUGCAUGUGUCAUUAUGAUAUGAAACAUGCAAAAUUACAAAUGUAGAAAAUAAAUAUAAAAACUGAAAAAUCAGGAUCACUUGAUGAAUCUUGUGAAACAGUUUUCUAAAUGAACUUUAAUCAGGUGUGAUGAAGACCUCACAUCCAUAAACUGACUAUUAAAUCUGUCCUCCAGGGUUUGACCUCACCAGUAACGUUCAGGCUGGUUUCCUGUUUGGUAUCCCCGUCGCGGGGACCAUGGCGCACUCAUAUGUCACGUCUUUUACCUCCCUGGAGGAGGUCUGGCCACAGGUGAGUAUUCCUCUCUCAUUCUUACACGCUCAGCUCUCAAUUUUCCAUCAUAUUAUAAAUUUGUAACCUAAAUGUGGGGAGGUGGUGGGAUUAACUGUUAAUCCUCUGUUUUCUGUUUCUGCUCAGACUCUGGUGGCGUUGAACGGAGACCCCGAUCCAGUAGACAUCAUUUCCUUGACGAAGGGCUGGUUGAGUCGAGUGUGCGAGCUCCUGGAAGCACAGCCCGGAAAGAUCCACGAGGGCGAGCUGGCUGCUUUUCUCUCCUACGCCAUCGCUUACCCUCAAAACUUCCUCCCUGUGAUUGACAGCUACAGCGUCAAAUGGUAACUCGAGAUGUGACGACAUGUAGAAAGUUGUUUUCAAACUUUAGAAGCAGGUUGGAGUUGUGCUCCGAUUGGACAGAUCUGUUGUUUUAACCUCUGGAAGAGUCCACAGUUUAAAUGUUAAAUAAGGAUUUACCCACAACACAGAGCAGGACUGCCUGAGAAUUACCGGUUACCGGUUUUGUCUUAACUCUAUUUAUUGAUACUUUCCAUGUACAAAACAUGUUAAAAAACAAUGAAGGUCAUGACAUAAACCCCCUUCUCCUAACUCUGAGGAGGCAAAUAAGAAGGUAAACAACAAAAGCUAUAGAUAAAUGUAGUUUUCCAAAAUAUACAUACAGUGAUUAAAGAAGUGAGUAUAUAAAUUGAGAGCCAAACAAGUUUUAGAGAAGGUCCACCUGCACUUGACAUGUGAAGGGUGUUAAUUUCAGACCCUAAAGAGCUAACCCAAGAGUGACACACCUCAGAGUUUUAUCCUGGUCUCAUUCUCACCAAAAUAAACAAUUUAUGUUCUAACUCUUGUGAUUACUUGAGUGCAGGCCUUAUGUUUCUGGGUCUAUCUCCUGCUUCUGCUCACUUCAUGAUCUCCAUCCAGUCUUCAGUUUGCUGCUAUGAAUGAAUCUCACCAGUAGAUGUCACUAGUGCACUCAGACUUAAAUCUACUCAGGAAUAAUGACUCUCAUUUACCAGUAUUUCAUAUAUAAGCACUGAUUCUUUCAGUUUUUUACCCCCCUUUAAAAAUCAUUGUGAUGAGUAUCUGUUUUGAUUAUAUCUAAAUAAUUAAACGAGUAAUUGAAAAGUCUGGUUGAAGCUCAUAUGGCGUCCCAUUCCAGCAGCGGUCUGUUGAACUUCUGCUCCGUGGCUCUGGCUCUGUGUGAACUCGGCUUCAGGCCCGUUGGAGUUCGUCUGGACAGCGGGGACCUCUGCAGACAGUCGGUCGACGUCCACCGUGUCCUCAGACUCUGCAGCGAGCGGUGAGUGAGAUGAUGAGUGAGAAUACGUCUCACCUCUCCGAUCAAAUGAUUCUCAGUUAAGUCGUUUCUUUUUGCUUACGCCAUCUUCACAGUUUCUCAGUCGCUGCCUUUGAUUCGUUGAUCAUCGUCGGGACUAACAACAUCUCAGAGGAAAGCAUGGCAGAGCUGAACAAGAAGGUUAAUUUGAUUAAAACAAAUGUCCAUAAACUCGAGUGUCUUUGACCUUUUUCUCCUAGUUCCUCUGAUUUCUGUGUGUGACUGUUUCAGGAGAACGAGAUCAACGUGGUCGGAGUCGGGACACAUUUAGUCACCUGCACAAAACAGCCCUCACUGGGAUGUGUGUACAAGGUAAAGUGCAAAUCUCCUGGGAUGCUCUGAAUGUGCGUUUUUACUAUGUCGAGAUAAUAUAGUGACAUUUUUAAUGUGUUAGCUGGUGGAGGUGAGGGGGACGCCCCGGAUGAAGAUCAGUGAGGACCCACAGAAGAGCACCGUGCCUGGGAGGAAAGCCGUCUACAGGCUGAUAGACUCUGAGGGUGAGAAUUUAAUGUAUGGAAAUAUCUUCAGAUGAAAUAGCUGAUCUGUUAAUUAUGUGCAUGUAACAUCAACUCCUGGGUUCCUGACUUUUUUGUUCCUGCUGCAGGUCACCCGUUUCUGGACCUGGUGAGUCUGGCUCAUGAGUCUCCUCCAGAGGCAGGAGUCCCUCUGAGCUGUUUCCCUCUGGGCUGUAAUAACUCCCCUGUUUCAGUCACUCCAGCUCAGGUCAGCUGUCUGCGUCAGGAGGUGUUUAUCAAAGGACAGGUGGGUGAAUCUAAAAAUGACAUGAUGACAUGAUAUUUAUGCAGCCAUGGAUCUACAGACAGAAGAUAUCGAGCAGGGAGGUUUAACAAAAUUCAGCACAAUCCUGAUGAUUUGUUUGUACAUGACUGUGAUUUAAAACCUCUGAGAAGUGAAGUGAUUACACAGACGGGACUCUUCUGUGGAGGAGUUUAGUCUUCAUGAAUGUGUCUCCCACCCUUUCUAGGUCACACACCCUCUGUGCAGCGCUGCAGAAACUAGAGCAAAGGUCCAGAGCUCCCUGCAGACUCUGCACCCUCGACACAAGAGGCUGCAGGAGCCCGACUCGUACACCGUGAGUUUCAUUUACACAAGCGAAUAACCUGCAUCCAAACCUGAACUCACAAACGUAACUUCUUUACUGUUAUGUAAGAGUGUCGCUCUCUUUCACCAGGUGGCGCUGUCAGAGGAACUCCACAGUCUGGUCACAGAGAUCAGGAAAGGAAGUUCCAACAACAGCAACUUUCUUUUAGCGAACUAAAUCUGAUCCAAACUGGAGCUGCUGUUUUCUGUCUUUUUGACCUCACUCGACUCCAAGUGCCUUCUGUGAAAAAAAAAAAAGGAUGUUUGUAGUGAAAACAGUGUGAAAAAAAAAACAAAAACACCCUCUACAGUUACAAAAAUACACACACACUUACACACAUGAAGCCUAAAGUCAAAAUACAAAAACUGUUUUAAGAGCUGAAAAAUCUAAAAGGGCGGAGAGUCUUUUAUUCUGCUGGAAACUCUGGAAACAAAAACACAGACGGAUCAUUUAAUCUGAUAAAGAACAGAGGUAAUACGUAGACUUACACUUCAGAGCAGUUCAAACUAAAUAAUUAAUAUUUCUGAUGGCUGUAAAUGUUUAACAUCAGUAAUGAAAAAAAAAAACAGCUUUAUUUUUGAGUACGAGGAGAGAGAGGAGAAAUGGAGAGAGUACCCUAACAUAGUAAAUGCUGAGUCAUGCUCCUUUCAGUAAAUGUUAAAUAUUGUAAACACAGGUAUUUAGAUUAUAGAUUAAAAACUAGAAUUUGUAGUUUAUUUAUAGAUUAAAUAUCCUGGCCCUGAAGGUCAAACACACAAAGACAAAAAUAAAAACAUUUCGUCAAACACAGAAAAAUUUCAUGAAAAAUAAAUAUUUCAGUCAUAGCAGAAACAUCUCAUGAAAACAUGCAAAAGAAUUUACAAAAACUCUGAAACAUUUCACUAAAAAAUGAAAAAUGUAAUUAAAAUUAACACAAAAACAACUUCAGCAGAAACAGAAACACUUGACAAAACACCAAACAUUCCCUGAAUCACAGACAUGUUUCAAAAUAUUUCAGAAAAUACAAAAGGUUUAAAUUUUACUUCGUGAAAUACUUAAAAAAUUAAAAAUAAUACUUUAGACAUUUUCUGUUUUUCUGUUACUGUGAACUUCAGGACCACCGUACUUGAUCUCCCUAAACCUGAAUGAAAUCUGAGAACAUUUCACAAACGGUCAAAAUAAAUGUUCAUUUAAUUAUUUAACACAUCAA